CCGGAGGUUCAUGCACUCUUCAAAUCCCUUUUCCCUUCUGAUGAAGAAAUCCAAUUCAUUUUCUCCUUUUAUCCAAAUAUAAAAUAUUCAAAGCUCAGCUUCGGUUCCAAGGAGAAAAAGAGAAGGGAAGAACAGAAAAGGAAGAAGAGGAAAAAAAAAAAAAACUUCUCAUUCUUGUUUCUCAAAUCGAGGUUUUUGCAAUAAUCAAAGAACAUUUGUUAGCUCAUAAGUUGUCUUGUUCAAAGUAUGAGCUUUUAUGAGUUCGCAAUGAUUAUGAAGAUGUAGCCUCUCAUUUUCGGGUGGCAGAGAAAAAUGACCCGUUUAUCUUACAUCCUAGCUGGACCACUAAACUAGAGAAUGUUCUCUAACUCGGAAAGAAUCAGGACAGCAAGAUUCUACUCGGCUAAUUGCCCUUGUUAAAAGCGUUCCAUAAUGGAAUUUAAUCUUGCGGGUGAAAUUGAAAAUAAUAGAUACACCGAGAAUAUCGUACAUGAUUUUUGGCCUCUAGCUCCAAUCGACCCCAACAAGGUGAAAUUCCCGUGUUGUCUCGUUUGGACACCUUUGCCCAUUGUAUCAUGGUUGGCCCCUUUCAUAGGACAUGUCGGUAUAUGCAUGGAGGAUGGAACAAUUUUAGAUUUCUCGGGCUCGAAUUUCGUGAAUGUUGAUAAUUUUUCUUUUGGACCCGUUGCUCGGUACCUUCAAUUGGAUCGGGAGCAGUGUUGUUUCCCUCCAAAUAUCGGGGCCCAUAAAUGUAAGCACCGUUUCACGCAUUCCGAGUAUGGGGCGGCAAUCACGUGGGACGAUGCCUUGCAAUCAAGCGGACGCCACUUUGAGCACAAGUCAUACAACCUCUUCACGUGCAACUGCCACUCGUUUGUCGCCACCUGUCUCAAUAGACUCUGCUACGGUGGGUCUAUGAACUGGACCAUGGUUGAUGUGGCGGGCCUCAUUCUGUUCCGGGCCAGAUGGGUCGGCCCAUUUUUAGUGCUGAGGUCGUUAUUGCCAUUUCUGAUUGUGACUUGCUUGGGCUUGUACAUGGUCGGGUGGCCGUUUCUUAUCGGGCUCUUCUCCUUCUCUUCAAUGCUCGUCGUGUGGUUCUUGUUGGCAAGUUACUGUUUUAAGGAUUUUUUGGAUUGUUGAGAGUUUUAGGGGGUGAUUGGAUAUAAAAUAUUUUCGUUUUGAUUGGAUUUAUUGAAAAAGCAGCGUUAAUUCUGAAAAGAAAAAGUUGAUAGAGUGGUGGAGGUUUGAGCAGGAUUUUGAGUUGUAUUUACAUAAUAUGUAAUGACUAAAGUUGUAUGUUAUGUAAAAGUAGGAGAAUGAUUUUUAAAAGUGUGAGCAGCUUCUUUUUGGCUAUUGUGUCCCAUAUGUAUUGAGCUUAAGUACCAAUUUUAUCUUAUUUAUCAUAGCUUUCUGCAUAUUCGUAAAAUUUGUAGUUGGUUCUUUUAUUUUGACUCUUACACAACUCCAAAAC